GUUGUCAUGCCGUUUUAAGAGUGAGUUGGCAUGCAUACCGGAAGCAGAUUAUAGUGAAGUACAAUUUAGGGUGCAGCAGAAGUUUUGAUAGAUUCUUGCUGGCCUUUCUGCGAAUAUUUCUCAGUUUACUUCAGAUUCUACUUGCAGGUUGCAGCCAUGAGUCUUCAGUGGACAGCCGUGGCUACAUUUCUGUAUGCCGAAGUGUUUGCGGUACUACUGCUUUGUGUCCCAUUUAUCUCCCCAAAACGAUGGAGCAAGUUUUUCAAAUCUCGCCUGGUCACUGUCAUUACGACGUAUGGCAACACUGCCUUCAUCGUGAUCAUAUGUAUCCUGAUCUUUCUGCUCGUAGAUGCAUUUAGAGAAGUGAAAAAGUACAGUGUGACAGAGAAAGUGGAUCUGACUAACAACCCUGUGGCCGUCGAACACAUCCACAUGAAGCUGUUCAGAGCCCAGAGGAACGAGUACAUCGCUGGCUUCGCUUUGCUCUUGUGUUUGCUGUUGAGGCGUCUGGCCACACUGCUGUCCCAGCAGGCAACACUGAUGGCCUCUAAUGAAGCCUUUAAGAAGCAGGCGGAGGGAGCAAAUGAUGCUGCAAAGAAGUACAUGGAGGAAAAUGAGAAACUGCAGGAGAAACUGCGGCAAGCGGGCGUGGAAGUGCCUGAAGUGGGCGGGAAGGCCAAAAGUGGCACAGAGGAGGAGGAGAAGAGAGAUCUGAAGGAAGAGGUCAGACAACUGAAGGAUGAACUCGAAGCAACUAAGAAAGCUCUUCAGAAGUCUGACAGUGAUGUGAAGGCCAUGAAAAAGCAGGCAGAGAACCUCACAACAGAGUAUGACCGUCUGCUGGAGGAACACGCCAAAUUGCAGGCCAAAUGUGAUGCUCAACAGGAUAAGAAAUCCGACUGAACGAAUACAGCACUGCGCGCUCUCUUUCCUGCAUCCUCAUUGGCUGACAGCAGCUCCACUGGCUGUGCAUCACUCCUCUGGCAUCUGAGUGUAAGAGCAGGGUUCAUCAUGUAUAAAUGUGUUUAAUACAUGAUUUAUUAAUAGCCUACAGGUUUUUGACACACUGUAAAAUGUAUUCUUUCAAUUUUUUCUGUGAUUUUUCUGGUUUUUAAUGUUUAUUUCUAGAGAUUUGGUCAUAAAGACAGCAUAAAAUAUCCAGCUUGAAGUUAAUUAUUGAAUGUUCACUGACAUGUGUAAUACAUUGAAUGUGAUCUUGACGUGUCAGUGUGUAUGCACCGUUAAUAAUUUGGCCUCAUUUAUGAAACCCAAAACUUGUAACUGUAAAUCAUUCAUAAAGCAAUUGUUUUCUAAUUUUAAUGUGUGUUUAAUGUGAAAAUUUAUAGGAGAACACUUUUUCUUUCUGCUUAUGUUUCAUGAACGAGGUUUGUUGUUUUAAAAGGACCAAGAACAACGUUACCGCAUGACGAUCUGAGGUUUGAGUCGAAAUUUCAAGAAAUUCAUAAUUCAUUCAUUAUUGAUGUUUAAAACUAGUUUUUUUUCUUGCCUUACAAGAAACCUUUGCUCUUUCCUUACUGUGAAUUUGGAUAUUUAGUUGCAGUGCAAAUGCAUGCCUUGGUUCAUUUUAGACCGUUGAUUUACAAGGCUCCACUUUACACUAUACACCCAAUAUGCAGUUGCUGUAAGCGAUUUUAUUUUCAUGGAAAGGUAUGCCAAAAAUGAUACUACUAUCUGUAAAAUAUUAAUGGCAAUGAUGCUUUCUGCCUGUCAAUCAUUUUGCUUGUUCUCAUUAUGUUGUAGUUGCAUAUCAUUAUUGAGACAUAAUCCCAUUUUUAUGCCAUGCUGCUCAUAACAGUUGCCAGCUGAGGGCGCUAUUUUGCUGCUGUUGUUUUUGACAACCUUUUCUGCUCAUGAUGGUCUUAAUAAAGCUCAUUUGGUAUCUUUGGAGUGCAGCAUUUUGGAAAAAGGGGGCGUGGCUUAUCCAACGGCUCAGGAAAUUCUAGAAUGGCUCAAAUCGCUUACAGCACCUUUUUAAAGAAAUAGUUCCACCAAAAAUGAAAAUUGUCAUUUACAAAUGUCUGUUUUUGUCAAACCCAUAUGAUUUUAUAUCCUUGAUGGAACACUAAAGGAGAUGUUAAAUGCAAUGAAAGUGAAUGGUGUUCCAUAGAAACAAAUUAUACGAGUUUUGAGGGUUGGUAAAUGAUAACAGGAUUUAACUAUCCCUUUAAAACAGAAAAUCCCUCCAGUUUACCAUCAACCACCUUUGCUUUUUAUUCUUGGCCAUCGCCCGUCUCGUCCUCGAUGCUAUUGGAAGAUAUCCUUGUGGUAUUUGUCCUGGGUGUGGGAUAGCUUUCGUAUUCCAGUCUAACAUUUUAUACUUCCAUGGAAAUGUUUAGUGUUCCAUGGAAGAUAAAGUCAUAAAUGAGGACAGAAUUUCCUUUUUUAGGUGGACUUUCCACUUGAAACUCUUCACUUGCCAUUGCUGGUAAUAUUCAUGGUUGUUUACAAUCUAAUAUUUUACACGUUGUUAAAUGCUCUUGGUUUCUUUGGUGAAUGUCACAGUCUAGCAUAUGUAAAUGUAUAGCUUUGAAAGGUUGCUUUGAAUCAUCCAACAUAAUGACAUCACAGCCAAGUUUAAAUUGGUUUGUGUCGGAAUGCCGUUUGUGCUUUGUUGCGCUCCCAUGGGGAAAGGUCAUUGGCUCGGUGACAUGCUGUUAGAUAAUUCCGAUUCAAGACCACCUGGGCUGUUCGCAAUCAUUACAAUGUGGGAAAUGCUGUCUGCUACCAUGAUGAUAGCUUAUGGUUUUGUUCGUUUGAGUGGCUACAUUAGUGAAACUUUACCAGAGUCACAAAAUGUCAAUCUAUACAUUAAGAUGGAGGUUUUUGUACGAAGGAUGACAGCAAAAGCAACUCGUGUUAUGUCAUGUAAUUACCAAACAAAUAAAUAAAUAAACAGACUGUAUAAUAAUGUCAA